CUGGAAGCCUUGCAACGAACCGUCUUACCCUCUCUUCUCCUCUGGCUUCCUCACCUGUCCGCAACUCCGCCCGCCCCACCCCCGGAAGUGACGAUGGCCUCCCAUCCUUGCUUGCGUCCCGUCGAGCCUUGCGGCGGCGGCGGGAAGAUGGCGGCGGCGGGAGCCCUGGAACGGAGCUUCGUGGAGCUCAGCGGUGCUGAGCGCGAGAGGCCGAGACACUUUCGGGAAUUCACAGUGUGCGGCAUUGGGACUGCAAAAGCCUUGGCUGGAGCCGUGAAAUACAGUGAGAGCGCGGGAGGCUUCUCUUAUCUGGAAAGUGGCAAGUUGUUCGCCGUCACCAGGAACAGGUUCAUUCAUUGGAAGACCUCUGGAGAUACAUUGGAGCUGGUGGAAGAGUCACUGGACGUAAAUCUGUUGAAUAAUGCAGUUCGCCUCAAAUUCCAAAAUUGCAGCCUCUUACCUGGAGGGGUUCACGUCUCUGAGACUCAGAAUCAUGUGAUAAUCUUGAUCUUGACCAAUCAGACAGUGCACAGAUUACUUUUACCACACCCUUCCCGGAUGUAUAGGAGCGAGUUGGUAAUUGAAAGUCAGAUGCAGUCAAUAUUUACUGACGUUGGAAAAGUUGAUUUCAGGGAUCCUUGCAACUCUCAAUUAAUUCCAGCAGUACCUGGACUCUCCCCUAAUUCUACCUCCUCGGCAGCUUGGCUUGGCAGUGAUGGGGAGGCUCUGUUUGCUCUUCCGUCUGCUUCUGGGGGAAUCUUUGUUCUUAAACUACCGUCUUAUGACAUACCUGGGAUGGUGUCAGUUGUGGAACUAAAACAGAGUUCAGUAAUGCAGAGACUGCUUAUAGGCUGGAUGCCAACAGCUAUCAGAGGUGACCAGGGGCCUUCAGAUCGUCCCCUUGCUCUUGCCGUUCAUUGUGUCGAGCACGAUGCCUUCAUCUUUGCUCUUUGCCAGGAUCAUAAACUACGAAUGUGGUCUUAUAAGGACCAAAUGUGCCUGAUGGUGGCCGACAUGCUGGAGUAUGUUCCUGUGAGUAAAGACUUUCAGCUCAGUAUUGGAACUGGACAUAAGUUACGGCUUGCUUAUUCCCCUUCCAUGGGACUCUACCUAGGGCUGUUCAUGCAUUCACCAAAACGCGGACAGUUCUGCAUUUUCCAACUGGUGAGCACUGAGAAUAACCGCUAUAGUCUAGAUCACAUUUCGUCCGUUUUCACUUCUCAGGAGACACUGAUUGACUUUGCCUUAACCUCUACGGAUAUCUGGGCCCUGUGGCAUGAUGCUGAGAACCAAACUGUUGUGAGAUACAUCACCUUUGAGCAUAAUGUUGCAGGUCAAUGGAAUUCAGUUUUUAUGCACUCUCUGCCAGAGGAAGAGAUCAUUAUCAGAGAUGAUCAAGACCCCAGAGAGAUGUAUUUGCAGACUCUAUUUACACCAGGACGAUUCAUAAAUGCAGCUUUAUGUAAAGCUUUACAGAUUUUCUGUCGAGGAACUGAGAGGAAUUUAGAUCUUUCCUGGAGUGAACUGAAGAAAGAAGUCACUUUAGCUGUUGAAAGUGAGCUCCAAGGAAGUGUAACAGAGUAUGAAUUUUCCCAGGAGGAAUUUCGAAAUUUACAACAGGAAUUCUGGUGCAAGUUCUAUGCCUGUUGUCUUCAGUACCAAGAAGCCCUCUCUCAUCCUCUUGCCCUGCAUUUGAAUCCACACACAAACAUGGUGUGCCUACUGAAAAAAGGGUACCUGUCUUUCCUUGUGCCUUCCUCCUUAGUGGAUCAUUUGUAUCUCCAUCCUGAUGACGACCUUUUGGCCGAGGAUGAGGCAGCCAUAUCUGAUGAUGUGGAAGUUGCUCGGGACGUCAUGUGUCUUAUAAAAUGCCUUCGGCUGAUUGGAGAGUCAGUAACUAUGGACAUGUCAGUAAUGAUGGAAAUGAGUUGUUACAACCUACAGUCUCCAGAAAAGGCUGCAGAACAGAUUCUGGAAGAUUUGAUCACUAUUGAUGUAGAAAAUGUGAUGGAGGAUAUUUGCAGUAAGCUACAAGAGAUCAAGAACCCAGUCCAUGCCAUUGGGCUACUUCUACGGGAGAUGGAUUACGAGACAGAAGUAGAAAUGGAAAAGGGGUUCAAUCCAGCUCAGCCUUUGAAUAUUCGGAUGAAUCUUUCCCAGCUAUAUGGUGGCAGCACAGCAGGAUAUAUUGUGUGCAGAGGUGUGUGCAAAAUUGCCAGCACUCGCUUCCUCAUCUGCCGAGACCUUUUGAUCUUACAGCACCUAUUAUUGAGGCUGGGCGAUGCGGUGAUCUUGGGAGCUGAUCAGCUCUUUCAAGCCCAGCAAGACCUACUGCACCGAACCUCUCCUCUCCUCUUAUGUUAUUAUCUCAUUAAGUGGGGAAGUCAGUGCUUAGCAACUGAUGUUCCAGUUGACACACUGGAGUCCAACCUCCAACACUUGUCAGUACUGGAACUAACAGACUCUGGUGCUGUAACGGGAAAUAAGUUUGUAUCUAGCCCUCAGACAAUUGUGGAAUUAUUCUUCCAAGAAGUUGCAAGAAAAUACAUCAUAGCCCAUCUCUUCUCUCAACCAAAGGCACCUCUGAGCCAAACUGGGUUGAAUUGGCCUGAGAUGAUUACUGCAGUUACCAAUUAUUUAUUGCAGCUUCUAUGGCCUAGCAAUCCUGGUUGUCUCUUUAUGGAAUGUUUGAUGGCCAAUUGUCAGUAUGUACAGUUGCAGGAUUAUAUUCAACUGCUCCAUCCCUGGUGUCAAGUCAACAUUGGUUCCUGUCGAUUUAUGCUGGGACGUUGUUACCUGGUUACAGGAGAAGGACAGAAGGCUCUCCAAUGCUUCCGCCAGGCAGCAUCUGAAGUGGGCAAAGAGGAAUUCCUGGAUCGCUUGAUUCGCUCAGAGGAUGGGGAGAUUGUAUCCACCCCCAGGAUGCAGUAUUAUGAUAAGGUUUUGCGUCUACUAGAUGUUAUUGGUUUGCCUGAGCUGGUUAUUCAGUUGGCCAUGUCAGCAAUAACUGAAGCAGGGGAUGAUUGGAAAAGUCAGGCUACUUUAAGGACAUGCAUUUUCAAACAUCAUUUGGAUUUGGGUCACAAUAGCCAAGCAUAUGAAGCCUUAACCCACAUUCCUGAUUCCAGCAGGCGGUUAGAUUGUCUGCGGCAGCUGGUGGUAGUUCUUUGUGAACGUUCGCAGCUACAGGAUCUUGUAGAGUUUCCCUAUGUGAAUCUGCAUAAUGAGGUUGUGGCAAUAAUUGAAUCACGUGCACGCGCCGUGGACCUUAUGACUCACAAUUACUAUGAGCUCCUCUAUGCCUUUCACAUCUAUCGCCACAACUACCGAAAAGCUGGUACAGUGAUGUUUGAGUAUGGAAUGCGUCUUGGCAGAGAAGUUCGAACUCUGCGGGGACUUGAGAAGCAAGGCAACUGUUACUUGGCCGCUGUUAACUGUUUACGACUCAUUCGUCCAGAAUACGCGUGGAUCGUCCACCCAGCAUCUGGUGCAGUGUGUGAUCGCCCUGGUGCGUCCCCUAAGAGGAAUCAUGAUGGAGAAUGCACAGCUGCUCCAAGUGAGUUGGACAUCUCCCGCGGAUUCUUUUCCUUUCUGCUUUUAUCAAGUGCUACAGAUGAAGCAUGGAGACUAUUAUCAACUUAUCUGGAAAGGUACAAAGUUCGGAAUAACUUAUAUCACCACUGUGUAAUCAACAAGCUCUUGUCUCAUGGAGUACCUCUACCUAACUGGCUAAUAAACAGUUACAAGAAGGUCGAUGCCGCUGAGUUGCUCCGUUUGUACUUAAAUUAUGACCUUUUAGAAGAAGCUGUGGAUUUGGUUUCAGAAUAUGUAGAUGCUGUAUUGGGGAAAGGACAUCAGUACUUUGGAAUUGAGUUUCCAUUGUCUGCAACAGCUCCAAUGGUGUGGCUCCCAUACUCUUCUAUCGACCAGCUUCUCCAGGCUCUGGGAGAGAACAGUGCCAACAGUCACAACAUUGCUCUGUCCCAGAAAAUACUUGACAAAUUGGAGGACUACCAGCAAAAAGUUGAUAAAGCAACACGAGAUUUAUUAUAUCGUCGGAACUUGUGAUCUGGAUGAUUGCCUAGCUUUUGUAACCGCUUGGUGCCUCUUAGGGCUUAAGACUUUACCCUACAGGAACCCUGGAUUCCAGGACAAUUUUUAUACCUGCAAAUGGUGUGUGCAACAUCGAGUCUGCAUCCUGCACAAGAGAAGAGGGCAGAUGAGUCACAGAACCUGUGCUUGCUGGCGGUGCUAACACACAAUUUCUGGUUCUCAACCUUGGUCUCAAACAGCUGCUUUUGUAUAUGAUUCACAAGCUUUUUUAGAGUUUCUAUUUUUUUAAACAACCGAAGACAUUCUUUAUCUGCAAAUUGAAACCCACCCUCACUUGCCACAGUAGCUGAUGGUGGUGGUUGGUUGUGGCCAACCACUGGACGCAGCCACUACAGACCCUUUCAUUCUUCCUGCCACUGUCUGUAUUUCAGUGGAAUUAUUUUGGUCCAGAACUGACAUGUAUUUUCUGUAUUGCAAACAGAGGCUAAUGAUUUUGCAUACUCUUUUCAUUAUUUAUUGUGGAGUUUUUGUAUGAUCUUCAAUAAACUAUUAAAUAACUUGCCUAAAUUAAACCUAAAAUGAUGAUCAGCUGUGAAAGAAGCUGGUUUUGAAUCUGGUUCUGAGGCUAAAGUUGAGUAAACUCUUAGCUAAGAAAAAAAUAGGGGAUUUUACCUACAAAAGUAACCAAUUUUCAAGGUAAAUUCUGUUAACUUCUAUGAUUUAUGAUAAUCAAGCCGGACUUGAUCAUACAACUUGUCUAAUAAUGUAUUGGACCAAAAUAUAAACUUUCCUGGUCGGAUUCAGAGUAUUCAUGUCCACAGAUUUGGGGGGAUCAUGAAAAGUAAAAUCUUGGAUUUUAUUCUGUAUAUUAAAAUGUAUCUUUUAAGGAAAUGAUCUGUAUAUUACUUGCUUGUAUGCCCUUUGACCUCUUGAGUUUUUCAUAAGCCUUUAAUUUUUAUACUAUCAAUACCAUAAUUACAUUAUAUAUUUUAAAUAACAA